AGAGAGGCCGCAAGCAUGUCCGCCCAAGCUCAAAUGAGAGCUUUGCUCGACCAGCUCAUGGGAACGGCGAGGGAUGGUUCAGUGUAUCUUUGCCAGCCUACAUCAAUCUGCAAAGGAGUUGCAGAAAAGCCUCAUGUUCAACAAGCCGUUUGGCAAGAAAACUGUUCCCAUUUUAACUUUCCCACAGCCGGUUUAAAAUUCUGCAGCUGAGGGCUUGAAGAUGCAGAAGGGUACAGUAUGUGGUGCAGAUCGCAGUGUGUAUAAACCUACUUUCUGUCAAUGUUUUUUUAAUGUCUGUGAGUGGCUCGGAAAACAUACCCCCAUUGAUUUACAUUUGUUACCUUAUUUACCUUAUUUGACGUAAUUUCUCAUGUGUGGGACGAUUUAUUUUGCUGAAAGCAAAAACUAAGGUUCAUGUGAUUCGUGAGGGAAAUCAGAAACUGUUGCCGCAUUGUACAAUGUAUGAUUUUGUGGCGGUUUUGACAUACCAACCAGCCCAUGGGGGGGGGGGGGGGGGCUGUGCGAUUUAGAAAAAGUCUUGACAUGGGCCAUUUUACAUCACAGUAUUCAUGUGGCAUGAUAUACUUGGUGAAAAAUUACAAUAGUUAUGGCAGUUUUUCUAUCACUCAUUUUUGAAUUGACAUGAAACUAAUCUUCUACACAUUAAAUGUAUCAAGUAGUGCUGCAACUUCAAGCUGGCCAGUGUAAAUAGAAGCAGCACAGUAGCAUGCAAAUUUCUACUCAUUUAAAGAUAUCUAAAGUCUUUUAAUACAUGACUAGUGGUUCGACUUUUAAAAUUGAUUCACAGUGGUACCUCUACUUACGAACGUCUCUACAUACAGAAUUUUCAGGUUAAGACACGCCUUCAUGGGAAAAUAUUGCCUCUUGUUACGAAAGAAAUUUCAGGAUAAGAAAGGUAAAAAUACAGUAUGGCAGGUACUCUCAGCUCCCAGAUUUUACUGAGCGCAACAUACUUGUAGCUGCUCUCCCAUUGGCUAUUGCCUAGCUAGCAUUGUAUCCUCUUCGUUCACCCUUCGUGUUCCGACAGCUUUGGAUGAGUGUCUUAACUUUUAUUCUUUACUCUUCUGGGUUUUUACAUUAUUCACAAUUUUGAUUUUAUGUUUAUUGUGCAGUGUUCUAAUUUUAACAUGUAUUUGUUAUGUGUUGUGAUGUAUUUUUAUGCAUUAGAAAAGAUUUGUCUGAAUUUUGGGUAGCUUGGAAUGGAUUAUGUCAGUAGUCCCCAACCUUUUUUGCAACACGGACCGGUGUAAUAUAGGCUUCUUUUUUUUUUCGCGGACCAGCAAUGUGUGGGGAAAAAAAUGACAGUAAAUAUUAAAUAACACGACAGGGCUAAAAAUGAAUAUUAAAUGCAGGGAAAAUUUCACUCACCAUGCACUGAAUCAACCUUUCUUUAACAGUGGCCUCUACUAAAACUAAAACUUGACAGCAAAUAUCCGUGGUCGCAAGCAUAAUGAGAUUUCUUGGCUUUAGCAAUACGGUGCGCCAUGUGGUAGGAUGCUUACAGUGCAUUCACAUAUUAUGUCACAUAUUAUGCAGAAUGGACUUGGUUGUAGGCUCCUCUUCUGGCUCAGCAGGUGGUCUUUUCCCCAUAAAAGAAGCUGUCCAAAGAAGUCGCCGCCCGCAGCAUAAAGUCAACAGCAGCUAAAGUUACUGUUUACAUUGACAGGCUUUGGGCUGCUAUCGGUGUUCAAACACACCAGUAUUUGAGGCCAACCACUAGAUGGCGACCUACACAAAGCUUUACUCGGAUUAGUCUGUAGAGUAGACCGGGUAUUGAUGCGUCAAGGCCACAGUCACAGGCCAGAUUGCAGUCAUUAACAAAUGUUUUAUUAUUGCUCAGCGGCCAGGUAGCAAAUGCGCCACGGACCGGCCCCUGGUCCGCAGCCCGGUGGUUGGGGAUCACUGGAUUAGGGCAUUUACAUGGAAAAUGCGUCUCUACUUCCAGAAUUUUCAGGUUACGAAGCUUACCAGAACCAGUUAAUUUCGUAAGUAGAUUUACCACUGUAUAUUAAUUUAGCUUAAUACCAUUAGUAAUAAAGUAGUAUUGAUGUUGGAACGAAUUGUGUGUUCUGUGCGAAUUAUAUGGGUCGCUAUUUUCAAUUGCUUACAAAGGUUGGCUGAGGGAGCAAAUUUGCUAACUAUUAGGAAAAUCUUGAUAGCAAUAGGUAGGACUACAACGCCAUUUUGAAUCCCACCAGUGUCUUUUCAGGUUGAAUUCAUUGUAAACACAUAUAAAUGCUGUGUGUUUGUUUGGAUUUGUCAUGCCUGAGGGGAAAAUAAAGAUAAAUGAAUAAAAAUAGUAACAAAUCUGUGCAAAUUGUGCGCUCUGCUGGCCAAAAUGUGCGUUGCGGGAACAGGUCUACUUAUGACGAUAAUGAUAGACGUGUAAAAUGUCUAGAUUCGUUUUGACGAUAUAUAUCAUAUUGUACAGCACUCUUUUACAGAUUUAUAUAGUACCUGCUUUAGACAAUAUUAUUUGAGACGAAAACAAUAGUCAAGUAAGUUGAGACCAAGACAAUUCAAAUAAAAUUAAAAAUCAAUGGCAAUUGACCAGAUUCCUCUAUUUAAUUCAAAGCACAAAGUGCAACAAUCUUGACAUUUUUAGCUAAAAAUUUGUGGAAAAAGUAUAUUUUAGAUUACCUUGGGGUCUUGUCUGCAAGUCUGCGCUGUGUAAUUUUGUAAUAGUGCCUGCUUUACACAAAUAAACCUGCAACAAUUGCACUAACAUGAAUGAAAGGAACUAAAUCAGUGACUGUGGAAAAUGUGGCCAUUCCCAGACUGACAAACCAUUUUUAUCAGAGACCAUUUUGCUUAAGUUUUGACAAUUAGCAAUUAAAACACCAGCAAAUUGGUGGGGCGAUUUCUGCACUAUACAUGAGAAAUUACGGUCAACGCUAGCAAAGAGGCCACUGAGCCUUCAAACAAGCUAAAGUGAGAGUUGAGGCCUGGGUAAGUCACACAAUGAGAUCACGCGUUGUCUCAUGUAACUUCAAACGUACGCCAAUUAUGAAUUAUUGGCUUAUGACUAGCUCGGUGCGGGACUAAUGACCGAGAAGCUCUAUUGAUUUACUCCCCACUAUUCAACAGUGGGCUCAGAGUCUUUGAACGCAGUUCUUGCGACCCGGCACGACACAGUCGUCUGCUGUCAAAAUGUCAGUCAGAUAAGUGCAAAGCACAUGUAUGGCCCCUGCUGGUCAAUACAUGAGGUCCUUCUCACUGGACUUCUUCCCAACUCUUUCAGGGGACGAGACGCGGCAGAGGGUCAAGUACUCGGACGAGCGAGUCUGCAAAAGUCACCUACUGGACUGCUGCCCACACGACAUCCUGUCGGGAACCCGAAUGGACCUGGGAGAGUGCACAAAGAUCCACGACCUGGCGCUUCGAGCUGACUAUGAAAUUGCUUCCAAGGAGCGAGAGCUCUUCUUUGAGCUGGACGCGGUGGACCACUUGGAGUCUUUCAUCGCAGACUGUGACCGCAGGACGGAAGUGGCCAAGAAACGCUUGGCGGAAACUCAAGAAGAGAUCAGUGCAGAAGUGGCGGCCAAGGCAGAGAAGGUCCACGAGCUGAACGAGGAAAUCGGAAAGCUCCUUGCUAAGGCCGAGCAACUCGGCGCCGAGGGAAAUGUGGACGAAUCCCAAAAGGUCCUGCACGAGGUGGAGAAGGUCCGCAGCAGGAAGAGGGAAGCUGAGGAGGAAUACAGAAACUCUAUGCCGGCGUCGAGUUACCAGCAGCAAAAAUUGCGCGUUUGCGAGGUUUGCUCGGCUUAUUUGGGUCUCCACGACAACGACCGACGUCUGGCCGACCACUUCGGUGGCAAGCUCCACUUGGGCUUCAUCCUAAUCCGAGAGAAGCUUGACAAUCUUAAGAAAACGGUUGUGGAAAAGCAGGAGAAACGAAACCAGGAUCGCCUUAAGAGGCGGGAAGAACGAGAGAAGGAGGAGAAGAUGAAAAAGCGGACGAGAUCCCGCAGCAGAGAGCAUAAACGGUCUCGUUCCCGCGAGCGAAGGAGGCGUCGCUCGCGCUCCUCGUCGCGAGACAAGCGCCGUUCGCGCUCCCGAUCUCGCGACAGGAAGCGGCGUCAGCGUUCACGCUCCCGAAGCCGAGGCCACCGUCACAGCCGUGAGCAGAGCUCUAGACAUAAGUCAUCCAGAGACCGCGAACGUUCUUCCAGGGACAGAUCGCAGGGACGCGAGCGGCGGGACGGCGUCAACGGCAGGUCGGACUCUCGCAGGGGGGACGACAGAGAAGACCCGUGAAGGUCCCCACCGCAUCCGCCAUUUUUGUUUUGGUUAGAUUCCUCUUUUCUUUGCAUUAACCCACCUGAAACUUCUUAAGUAAAAAAAAAAAAAAAAAAAGUUUAUCAAGCUACUGUUUCUCACAAAUUUGUGAUAUGGUGGCUUUUCUUUAUCCAAUAAACGAGAGGAGGAAUUUGUGAAUAUUUUAUUUAAUCGUUUGUAUAAAACCAGCGUGGUUUUGUUCCUUGUGUUUGGUUUGUUCAGUCUUAGAAAAGCUCUUAAAUUUCCCCGUAUGUCAGCCAUGUUUUUUGGUGGGGUAGGCUUCUAUAUGUAGAAAAAUAAUUCGGUGGAAAUGUUUGCAAGUUGUCUCAUUGGUUGCCAUUGACGGAGAUAGUCGUCCAAAUCAUUUUGACUGUGAGUAACAGUCAGUCAUGAACGAUGGUAUUUUACAGUACAUGUUAGCAAUGGACACAGCAAUAGUUUGGAUGCCGUUGACGGCUCUAGACGUCCAAUCCGUUUCAAUAAUUCACUGUCAACUCUCCCACUUCAAUUGGAUUGGACGCCCACUAAAUACUCAUUUAAAUUCACAGCAGAAGGAUGAUGAGCGACAUGAUGGGACGUCUAUCAUCGUCAAUCUCGCUUGAAAGAGUUCAUUUUUGUUAAAGUUCAUUUAUACAUUUUUUUGUGUGUGGGGGAGGGUCGUGUUGGGAAAAGAAGCAAAAAAUUUGUACAUGCCGUAUUGAAAAAGAAAAUGGGCUGAAUUGCUUUGUAAUUAAAUGCAGAUUGUCGCCUUACAUGAAAUGUCAUCUGGGAUUCAUUCACCCCCCCAAAAAAUAUUCUCAAUGAAACCAUAUUAAAAUCUUGAUUGCA